AAAACAUGUGCUAUAUACCUGUUCAUGGUAAAAGAGUUAGAGAGGCUUCAGGAGAGCUGGGUGGACAAGAUGUUUAAAAAACUAAGAGCAGUAUUUUCUAGACCAAAAUUAUCACCCGCGGAAGCAGACUGCAAGAAUGAAGAUGUCCCUCCUCCACCCAAAGCAUCUACAGGCCAGGGUGAAAAUAAGAAAACAGAUGAACCACAGAAAGCAGAGGCCAAUAAGAAAGAAGAACCUAUAGCAAAGCAGCAAGAUACAGUACCAGCGAAAGCACCUGAGCCUUCAAAAACUGAAAAGUCAACUGAACCAGCUAACACAACUCAGCAGGAACAGCAUCAACUCAAUGAUGGAAAAGAAGAUGCUAACAGGGAGAAGCCAGCACCUUCAGGUUUACAAAGAAAUGAGUAUGCUGAUGCCCAGCUUCAAGAGAUCGUCAAAAAACUGCGGGAAAGGGCAACAGUCUAUAAGGAAAAGUUGAAAGACCCAGUGCUGUCCUCCCCUGAAGGAAGUCCCACGGCUUCACCAUCAAAGAAGAAGCCUCCACCCCCACCAAAAGAAGAAAAGAAAGAAGAAAAGAAAGAAGAUGCAGAAGCAAAGCCAGAGGAGGAUCAUUACUGUGAUAUGCUGUGCUGUAAAUUCAAAAAACCUCCACUGAAAAAAUACAUGCAGUACCUGAAACUACCAGACAGCAUAGACUCAUACACAGAUCGCCGUUACGUAGCAUGGCUCAUGCUUGUGACAAUCGCCUAUAAUUGGAAUUGCUGGUUUAUUCCCCUUCGCUUUGUGUUUCCAUACCAAACCCCAAGUAAUACAGUAUAUUGGGUUACCAUCGACAUCAUUUGUGAUAUCUGCUAUCUGUGUGACUUACUGGUUUUCCAGCCUCGAGUGCAAUUUUUAAAAGGUGGAGAUAUAAUAUCAGACAGAGUAGAAAUGAAGAAAUUCUACCACAGCUCUAUGAAAUUUCGGCUCGAUGUGAUAUCAGUGUUGCCGUUUGAAGUUUUAUACUUCUUCUUUGGAUUUAACCCAGCAUUUAGAGCAAAUAGGAUGCUAAAGCACAACACAUUCUUUGAGUUUAAUGAUCGUUUGGAAGCUAUCCUGGACAAAGCAUACAUCUACAGGGUCAUUCGAACAACUGGAUACCUGCUGUUUAUCUUGCACAUUAAUGCCUGUGUGUAUUAUUGGGCUUCAGACUAUGAAGGACUUGGCAGCACUAGAUGGGUGUACGAUGGCAAAGGAAACAUGUACCUAAGAUGUUACUACUGGGCAGUUCGUACUUUAAUCACUAUCGGUGGCCUUCCAGAACCACAAACUCUGUUUGAGAUAGUUUUUCAACUGCUGAAUUUUUUCUUGGGUGUCUUUGUCUUCUCCAGCUUAAUUGGUCAGAUGAGGGAUGUCAUUGGAGCAGCUACAGCAGGACAGAACUACUACCGUUCCUGUAUGGAUAACACUGUCUCCUAUAUGAACACUUACUCUAUUCCAAAAGUUGUCCAAAAUCGUGUUCGAACCUGGUAUGAGUACACAUGGGACUCCCAGGGAAUGCUGGAUGAAUCAGAAUUACUGGAGCAGAUGCCAACCAAAAUGCAAUUAGCCAUUGCAAUUGACGUGAACUUUGCCAUUGUCAAUAAAGUUGACUUAUUCAAAGGGUGCGAUACCCAGAUGAUAUAUGACAUGCUGCUAAGGUUGAAAUCCAUUGUGUAUUUACCUGGUGAUUUUGUCUGCAAAAAGGGAGAGAUUGGCAGAGAGAUGUACAUCAUCAAACAGGGUGAAGUUCAAGUCCUUGGAGGCCCUGAUGGUACAAAAGUUCUGGUCACACUCAGAGCAGGAGCUGUAUUUGGGGAGAUCAGCUUAUUAGCUGCAGGUGGAGGAAAUCGAAGGACUGCCAAUGUGGUGGCUCAUGGUUUUGCCAACCUUUUCAUUCUGGACAAGAAAACACUCAAUGAAAUCUUGGUGCACUAUCCUGACUCAGAAAAACUUCUCAUGAAGAAAGCAAAGGUGCUGCUGAAGGAGAAGGGGAAACCUGCUCCAGGACCACCAGUGCAACAACCUCGGGGUUUGGCUGGUCUAUUUACGCAGAAACAGGAAACUCCAAAGUUGUUUAAAGCGAUGCUUGGAGGUAAAGGAAGAGACGGCCUUACUAGGCUGCUGCAGCUGAAGAGAGAGCAAGACACCCAGGAAACUCAAGCUGAAGCAGAGAAAAAGCCUAAAGAAGAGAAGAAAUCCGUGGAGCCAGCGGCCACAUCUGCACCCCCACCUGCACAAAAGGAAGAGCCAAAUGCAGAUGCUAAACCUAAACCACCUGCAGUUAUGCAAAGAGGAACCAGUAAAGAGUCUCUGAUCAUUAGUAUGUCUCCAUCCCCCAGAGCAGGAGAAGGAGAGAUCCUUAAAGUGGAAGUUAAAGAGAAAAAAAAUACAUAGAUGGUGCUUUGGGCUGUGGCCCCAUCUAUUGUCUUGCUGAAUUCAGAGAUCUAGUGUGGCUUUGCUUUUGGGUACAAAAGAUUAAAAGUAGAGACUACUCAAGAGAAAAAUCUACCUUCAACCCCCACUUCCUCCUCUCCUGAGACAACCGGACAAAUUAUUUAUAUAACUACCCCUUAACGGAGCUUCUGCUGUAAUAGGAAUUAGAGCUCAGACAAUAUUUUAGGACCACUUGUUUCUUGUUUAACCCAUGCUCUCCUUUUUCUUUUACUCUGUCUUGUUCCUGCCUCUCCUGUUUAUCCUCACUUUCUUAUUGCUGUUCCUGUUGCUCAAUUUACUUCUAACUUUUGUAUGCAUUCUUUUCUAUUUUCUUUUCUGGUUUCCCAUCAUUAUCCUUUUUCUUGUUACUGCCCUACUAUUGCUGAAGUUACUCAACUUUCUCUCGAUGCUUCUCUCUCCUCCCGUUAUACUUCUAAUAAACGACCUGCCUUUGUGAUCAGGGUGGCUCAGUUUUAGCUUGGACAGAGGGUUACAAAACGAAACCAUUGUCAAAAGAUCAAAACCACAAAAUACAAAAGGGGGAAGAGGAUUGGAGCAUUAUUGCCAGCCUUUUGAAAGCACGAGAAUCUACUCCAGUGUCUUCGACCCUGGUGAAUAACCAUGGCAAAGACUUGGAUGUUCACCGCCCCCAGCCCCAGGGGUGACCUUUAACUUUGGGCUGCUGACUUACACAUUUGAUCUUCUCAAGGGGUUGGGCAUUAAUAAUGCUCUCGGAAGA